AUGGGCUCCUACCUCUCCAUCGUCAACAACACCGAAGAUCCGUGGACCUGCAAGAUCGGCCCUGAUGAGGCAGCACUCAAGAUCGCCGGCAUCGUCAUCUCCGUCGUUGGCGCUGCAGCUGCCGUCAUUGGAACGGCAGGCGCUGCUGCUCCGGUCGCCUCUGCUCUGGCAGCCAACGGAGUGGUGUCUGUAUUCGGGGUGUCUACUAGUGCGCUUGCAGCAGGCGCUGGAGCAGCAGCCAGCGUGAGCUCUGCAGUUGCCGUUACUGGCACCGUCUCGGGAUUCGGCAUCGCCGUCGCUCAAGGCAUCAACGACAACCUCAUCACGGACGGAUACGUUAGUAUCGCUCCGGGUGAGAAGCACCAAUGGGGAAAGAUGAGUCUGUCGCUGUGGCAACAGGGAACCUGCGUCCGCACUACCAUUGUCGAUGAAAAGACCGUCACGACGGACACGCUAUACAUGCGUCCGAUCUUCAGUGGCGCUACCGACAACUCGAACCUCGACCACGAGAUCCAGUUCUGGAUUGACAAGUUCGGUCUCGAGACGGAGACGGUGACUGGCACGACAGAUCAGCAGAGUCGUCGCAGUCUACGCAAGAGCGGUGAUGACGAUGGACAAGUUGUCUACUUCUACGGCAACGGCACCAACACGUACGACCCCAACCAAGGCAACUAAGACGACAGUCCACCAUUUGAGCUUGACUCAACAUUUAUGCUUUAAGUAGUUUCUGAUUUCGAAAAAAAAACUUAU